AUGUUGAUAAUGACUCCAAAGUGUCUACAUGCACAGUUCACAGAAGCAAAGUCAUCAGAAUCUGAUUACGCAUUAACACAAGGAAGAUUAUCUUUACAACCACUAUCAAAAAAUUAUUUAAAUAAACCAAUUUAUAUUACAUGGGAAAAUGGUCAAAGUGAUAAUGUUAAUUAUUCAAUUCUUAAAUAUGGUUCAAGAUAUAAAGUGAACAAAGAACAGAUAGAAAACAUUAAUAAGCAUCAUUUAAUGGAAGAAGAAUUUUUAAAAUCAAUUAAUAGAACCACAGAAUCGAUUGAAAAUGAAGAAUUAAAAAACGAAUAUGGGUCAUUAGUUGAACCCAUAUAUUGUAGAGUUUCAGACAAAAAAGUGAACACUUUUAUAUUGAAAAGUUUUAUAAGUUUUCAUACACUUAGUCCUUAUUAUAAAACAAUUUUAAAUUGUAUCGAAUUAUUUGACUCAAAUGAAUAUCCAAUUCAAGUGAUACUUCCAGAAAAUGAAGGAGGAGAUGAAGGGAACAAUGGAUAG